AUGGCCCCUACAAAAGCGGCAUCCGUCGAAGACGACGAUAAAGUAGCCGGGAGCCGUCGUUGGACCCUUGUCGACACAGAUUAUUCUUCUAGCGUCACGUUUCAGAACAGUGCGCCGCUGAAGCCGUUCGAGCCAGCUCCUCUCUCGGACGGUGACGUCAUCAUGUUCGGCGAACGGACGUCGAUUAGAGUGGGUUCCAAGAACACCGAGAAUGUGAAUGUAGUCGGGGUCGAGAUUCUGGAGUUGAGUAGGAUGAAAAUAAUCAGGAAUGUGAGCCAGCGGAGAACAAGAAGUUUAAGAAAAGGAGGACAUAUGGAUGGCCGUCAAGUGAAUUUGAGUGUCAUUGAAGGAAAAAGGACAAGAAAGGGUACACGAGCGAGAAAAAAGCUACCCGGCCGUGGGAAGACCUUUGGGUGGAAAGGAGAAGGAAAAUCACUUGGGGAGGAGCAAAAUUUGUUUGGAGAAGACAAAAGGAUAUCUGAAGUUGGAGUUGAGUUAUUAGAGAGAGUUACUUGCGAAAGAGAGAGUACAUUGGUUGAAGUUGGAAGCAAGGAUUUGGAGAAGAUGACUUUUGGGGAAUGGUUUGAAUAUCUUGAAGUUUAUCUGCCUAAAAUUGGAAUUGGAUGA